AUGCCACUUUUGCACAAAAAACCAUUUCGAAGAGCUGAAAAACCGCCGGAUUUGAAAUAUGAUACAAAAGUGUUUUAUUUGGAGGCGACAAAUGAGAUUUUCUUGAGACAUGAGUAAGUUUUCGGGGAUUUUUUUUAAUUCCACAGAAAUUUUUGAAUUUUUUUAAAAAUUCAAUCCUAGGUUACUGUGUCUCAUUUUUUUUGAAGCGAAAUUUAGCGCGAAAAAUUAAUCAUUUUCAUCCCAAAAAAAACAUUUUUCGAAAUUUCCCAAGAUUUUUAAUUUCAACGUGACCCAAUUUUUUUCCAUCUCAAAUUCCCCGUUCUUCCCAAAAUCCUCAGCAUUUCUCCUAAUUUCCAGAGAUUAUUUCAAUCGAGUGAUAGAAUUAAAUUCAACAGUUUGGUCAUGUGCAUAUACUCGAAAAACCAAUUUGACAUUUUUCGAAGCUCUCGAAUCCGAAAAAGAGGCACACGAUUCACUCAGUCAUUUUCCCGAUUUUCUCGAAAAACCCAUAAUUUUCAUCGUCAAAAAUUUCACAAAUCGUGGAAGAUUCGAGGAUUUGGUCAAUGAUUGUUAUAAUAUUAUGAAAGAACGUUUUUUCAUUGGAGAAGAAGUCACAUUCACAGAAAAAUCGAGAAAAUAUCCAGCAAAAAUUAUUGGAAAUUAUGUGCUGUUUGAUGAAGCAAAAGCGAAUAGAUAUGAGGAUUUGUGAGUUUUUCGAACAAUUUAAAAUCAAAAUUGAAAAAGAAAGUUUCAGGCGUGACGCGAAAGGUGAACCUAGAGAACCUCUUUUACCAACUGGUGAACUUUAUCGAUAUACAAUUCAAUUGUUAGAAGGACCACAUUUGAUGGAAAAUGGAGGAGAUGAUGAAGAUGAUGGAAUUAGAGAACAUGUUCCGAUUGAAAAAUUAUUGUCAGUUUUUUUUUUUGCAAAAUUUUGGCAAACUUUGACUUUUCAUCAUUUUACAAAAAAAUAUCACAACAUUAGAUUUCUGUGCUGAAAACCGUCGAAAAACAAAAAAAAAGAAAACAUACAGAAUAUUAUAUUGAUCAGAGACAACGUAAAAUUGAGAGUGUCUAGACAAAUAAUUAGUUUUUUUUAAAUUUAUUUGUGUUCAAAAAACUAAAAUUCUGUCUAGACUCUCUCAAUUUUAUGGGCCUAUGCAGAAUAAUAUUUUGUAAUAAAAAAACAUUUUUUUCCUAUGCAGAAAAACGUCGAAAAAAAAACAAAAUAUACAGUUUAUUAUUUUGAGUAGAGACAACGUGAAAUUGAGAGAGUGCAGACAAAAAACCCAUUUUAUGUCUGCGCUCUCUCAAUUUCUCGUUGUCUUUAUUUUGUUUUUUCGACGUUUUUCUGCAUAGGAAAAAAAUGUUUUUUAAUGUUUUUUUAUUACAAAAUAUUAUUCUGCACAGGCCCAUUACGUUGUCUCUAAUUUAAAAAAAUCUGUAAAUUUAGUUUUUUUUUUCAAAGGUUUUCUCCUAAUCUACAUUAGCUCAUAAAUAUUAUUUUUUUUCCAAAAAUCACAAUCCAGAAAUGAUUAUUUGUUCUUCCAGCCGCUCAAAACACAUUGGAUCACGCCAAAAAGUCAAACUUUUCCUCAAAAAUGCUUGUUAUAUGCCAUGGCCUGGUGAUCAUUAUAUUGUAAAAGACGAAUAUUUGAUUGAUGGAAUUGUAAAUAGUUUAGAAUGGGAUAUGUUGUUAGCUGGAGAUCCGCCAGUUUGUCCACAAACACCUGUAUUACAAAGAGGAAGAACACCAAAUGUAAUGAAACCCGGAUAUGUUGAACCAGUUAAAAAAGUUAGAAGAAAGAAACAGGAAAAAGAAGUUGUGGUAACUGAUGUGAAAGAAGAGGUUCAGGAAAAUUUGGAAGUUAAACAAGAGGAAUAUUUUGAUGAGGAUAUGAAACCUGAUUUGGAAAUAUUGAAGAGCAAUCCAGCUAAAAAAUCGAGAAAAAAGAAGUCUGCUCCAGCUCCAGUUGCAGUUGAAGAUAUCAAAACAGAAGAAGGAGAGCCAUUAGAGACACCAAAGAAAAAACGAAAAAUAUCGGAUGGAAAGAAAAAGACACCGAAAAUAUCGGAAAAAAAGAAGAAACAAAUUCGAGAACAACAAGAACAAUUGGAACCAUUCUUCAAAGAUGCCGAAAAAUAUUCGAUUGAUUUGACCGAAUUCAAACAGGAUUUGGUAUUGUUGGAUGAGGCGAUUGUUGAGAAAUUUAAGGAGAGUGUGAAAGAGGCAAAAGAGAAGGUGAGCGAUUUUUGAGGGGUUUGAAUUAUUCUAGUCUAAAAAUUGGUAUGCUAUUUUUAAGGGAUUCAUGAAACUUAAACACUUUUUGGCUAACUCAGUUUCGAAAAAUCUCUAGAAGAUUAACAAUGUUUCGCUAAACAUCAUCAGACUGUCCUUGAAAUUUGGCGCGGAUCCACGAGUUUCUCAAUUGAACUUUCUAGCGUUCAAUUCUUGACUCCAAAAAAAAUCCCAAAAAAUUUUCACUGUUUCGAAAAUUUUAUAUAGUAUUUCAAUCAUCAAGUGUGGUGAUAGUUUUGAAUUUCUACUUCAUUAAACCUAAUUAAAUUCUGGAAAAAAUUUGGGGACCCUCAAAUUUCUAAUCAGAAAUUGACAACAAAUCCAUUUUUUCACAGAAUUUAAAAAUUUCAAUUAUCUCAACAACAAAAAAUUUGACUCCAAAAAGAAAAAUUCACACUUUUUUCAACUCUCCAAUAUUUCCAGGAAAAAGAGGCACAAAAAGAGGAACGCCGCAAGAAAAAUCGAGAGCGAACAAUUUAUAUGAGAAAACGAGAGGAUUUGAUUUGCGAUGAUUUGAAACCAUUGCCACGUUUUCCGACUCUCGAAUUACCAAAAUGGAUUAAUUCCGAUGAUUUCAACGAAUAUUUAUUUGUCAUGCAGUUUUUCUGUACUUUUCAAGAACUUUUGCCGUUGAAAGGUUAGUUUUCUUUGUAUUUUUGGAAUUAUUUUUUGACCUGUAAAAUGUACGUUUCAAAAUGUAUUAAUUACACACCGCAACUUUUCUACAAUAAUCCAAUAAUUUUGCUUAUACUUCAGAAAUUCGUGGUACAACUGAUAUUUAUCUAUCUGAUAUUAUAAUCGCAAUUCGAUGCAAUGAUCCACAAAAUAGUCCAUAUGCUGAUUUAUUACGAGUUAUUUUAUCAUCUCGUGCAGAUGUUGCUGAUGAAGAAGAUGGAGAUGAAGCUGAUUUAUCGAAUCGAGAUGAAAUUGCACUUUUGAAUGCACAAAAUUGUGAUCCGGGACAUUCGAUUUAUGGAGAACAAAUUCGUGAAUCCACAGAAUUGCAUUAUAAAAUUCGAAAAAUUCAUGGAAAACCGGUUCGACAUUUGCCUGUUGAUUGGAUGACUUUGAGCGAAAUUUUGAGAUUGGUUUUUAUGACAUCGGGAUAUUAUAGUGGAUUAUCGACACAUCGACAUCGAUUAUAUACAAGAGGAAAUUAUAAGGGGUUGGUUUGAGAUUUGGUUGACUAACUCAACAUUUCAGCUUCAAAAAUUCAUUUAAAAAAAAUAGUCAGGGGCUUGCAUUUCAAAAAUGUUUUGACAAUAAUGAUUUUUGAGGUCCUAUUUUUUCUGUGAAAAAUAAGAUUUUCUGUCGAAUUCCAAUAAAAAAUUUUGGUCUUCCCGAAUUUUUAUCAAAUCAAAAAAAUUAAAAUUUGAUGUGCUACCAGGAUGGAGAUUAGAAUUUCCCAAUGAAAAUACUGUAUAUGAAAUUUUUGAAACAGUGAUUUUUUUGGGGAAUUUUCGAAUAAAAAAUGUUUUGGAUAAUUUUUCAGCGGAAAUCCUCUCAUAAAAAGUUGUUAUUUUCAGAUACGAAGAUCCAUGCUUUGAAUUCCGUCAAAAUCAUCCUGAAAUCAUUGAAAAACUUCGAUCAAAAACAGUUUUCGAUCUCGAACCAAAUGAAAGACUUGAAAUCAUGAAGGCUUUAAUUCUCCAACUCUUGACAUAUUCAAAAUAUCGAAAUUAUAUUGAUGAACAACACAAUCAAAUCUAUGAAUAUCGAAAAGAACAAAAGAAAUUGAAAUUAUGGGAUCAGACACAAGAACAAGAAGCAAAUCAGGCUAGAAUUGCUAUUGAACAAAAUACAAAUGAAAAUAAAAAUGCGAAAAUUAGUCAAAUUGGAAAACGAUUGAAAACUCAUAUUAAAGGAUUGAAUGAAGGAAGAAGAGUUGAUCGAGAAGAUUUGGAUACGGUAAGCAAAUUUGGGGAAGGUUCGAAAGAUAAACUGAAAUUCUAACUAGAACUCACAACAUUUUAAUUUUCUUUAAAAUAUUCAGUUUUUAAAGUUCUGCGCAAAAAAUAAUUUUUCAAUUUUUACUUCAAAAAAUUCCGAAAAAUUUACGUUUCAAAAAUUUCACAUAGUAUUUUAGUCGCCAAAUUUCAGUGAUUUGAUAACGUCAUUUAUUUUUUGAACUUAAUUGAAAUUCGGGAAAAAAUUCGGAGACCAUUAAAUUUAUGAUAAGAAGUUGGCAAAAUAUCUAUUUUUCCACAGAAAUUGAAACAUAAACUUUCAAAAAUUCACUGUUUCAUAAAAAUACCAUGAAUUUAUAGAAGAGUAAAAGGUUUGAUUGCAGUUAAGUUGUCUGUUUCAAAAAAAAUUGGUGCAAAAAUAUUCUAAACAUGUCUCAGAAAAUUCACGUAGAAUUGUUAAAUUUCGGUGGAAAAAUCAAUUUGCCUGUUAGUUUUUGGCGCCAAAAGUUCACUAUUUCAAAAUUUUAAUAUACGAUUUUAUUCGUGAAAGUUUAUUGAUUUCCAUUCUUUGAAUGAAUCUAAUCAAAAUUCGAGAAAAAAUUAAGAUUAACUCAAAUAUGUAAUUUUUUACAAAAUUUGAAAAAUGAACUAAAAUAAUAAUUUCAAAAAUGCCCCCAAAUUUUGCAGAUACUUCUCGAAUCAGUUCCAUAUUCUGAACUUGACUUGGAUGAAAUUGUAACAGCUCGAAGUUUGCAAAAAGACGAAUAUGCUGAAUUAAUGAAAGAACUCGUCUCAAAAAUCUUUGAAAUUCAUUCAAUGAUAAGUGAUAUUAUAAUUGGAAAAGAUCGAGCAUUUCGAAAAUAUUUCAUUGUUGAUAAUCUUGCUGCAAUUUUAAUCGAAACUCCAAAUCCAAAAUUAGAUCAUAUUGGAAAUUGUGAUGAACCUUCGAUUGUUGAAAAACCUGAAUUAUUGAUUGAAAAUGAAACGCAAGAAGUAUUUAUUUGUAGUGGAAAUAUGGAAACGUGUAAAAUUCAUGGAAAAGAAACGAAAAAAUGGAGUUAUAUCAAUGGACCGGAACAAUUUGAGAAAUUGAUGAAAACUUUGAAUCCACGUGGUUUUCGAGAAAAUGAUUUGAUUGAAGAAUUCAAUCAAUUUAAACCAAAUUUGAUUGAGAUUUUGGAAACGACGAAAAAUUCAAUUGAAAAUGGAGAAUGGAUUGAGGGAUUAAUGACGAAUUCAGAAGAUCCGGCAGAAAGUUGGAAUAUUGAUUGGAAUCAAGAAUUGAGAGAUUUAUUAUUGGAUUUUGAAGAGAAAAUUGAGCAAGGACAAAUGGGAUCAAUAACGAAAACAUUUGGAAUUGAUCGAAUUAUUUGGAGAGAAAAUUUGAAGAAUUUGGGAGAUACAAUGAUGUUAUUAAAAGAAGAUAUUAUGAUUGGAAAUGAGAUUGUUGUAUCAAUUGAGGAUUUGUCGAAAUUUGAUGAGAUCAAGAAAUUGUGUAUUGCAUUUUUUCAAAUUGUUAAAUGCAUUUCGACGAAGUUUAUACAACAACCUUUUGUUAAUCAACAUAAAGAUGAGAGUGAGUUAUUGCAUUUUUUUAAUUUGAAGUUCGAACUGAAUUUUAAAUCAAAUUUAACAUUUUUUAAGAAGAUAAAUAGUGAAAAAUUCAAUUCGCUUGAAAAAAAUCUUUCAAAAAAUAUACUGUUUCAAAAAAAUAACACGAAUUUUUUUCAUUUUUGUUUCUCACAAUCAGUUCUUAUACCAAGAUUUUCCGAAAUGAAAAAAAAAUAAUUUUUAAAAAUGGACUGUUUCAAAAAACUUAUAUGAAUUAAUACAAUAGAAUUUUCAUGGAAAAUAUUCUAAACAUAGCUCAGAAAAUUCACGAGGGAAUUUUUGAAUGUUGGUCCAAAAAUCAAUUGUCAAUUUGGAGUUCUGGCACCAAAAAAAAAAUUUCCAAAAAUUUUUAUUUUUGACAGAAAAAAUUACUGUUUCAAAGAUUUCUGAUUAAAUUUUAAUGGUGAAGUGUUAGUUGUUUAAUGUUAUACUCCAUUUGACAAAUUGAUUUUAUUUAACAAUUUCACGAGUUUUUUUCGCGCCAUUUUUAGGAAUUAAUAUAAUGUCUGUCUACUUUUCUUUGAAACAGUCAAUUUUAAAAAAUGAUGAAAUUUUGACAAACUUAUGAAAACUAAUAAAAAAUAUCACUUUUGUCGGAAAAUGAAGUUUUCUAAUUCAAAAUCCAAUCAUUAUUUUCAGACGGAAUUCCAAAACCAUCAGAAAUGUUCAUUCGAUGGCAAAAAAGUUUAAUCGAAUGUGAAUCUCUUUCAUCUCUCUCACUUUUUCUUUCAACAAUCGAAGUUCAAAUACAAUGGGGAAAAUCUCGACUUCAAGGAAAAUGCAAAAAAUGUCGAAGAAAAGGAGCAACAAAUGAAUUAAUAUUAUGUUCAGAAUGUGAUAAUUGUUAUCAUUUGACAUGUGUUAAUUUGGAAAAUGCGGAAGAAAAUGAAAAAGAAUCAUGGAAAUGUGUGAAUUGUAAUGCGAAUAAAAGAAAACUUGUCAAUGAAGAAAAGAGAAAAAAGAAUACAUCGUCACAAAUUGUUGUUUCUGCAAUUGAAAGAGAAAAUGGUGAAGAUGAGAUGCCAAUGUUAUUAAAUGAAACAGAAUCGGAUUCGAAAUUGAUAUCUGACACUGAAAAUAGUAUGAGUGAUAUGGAAAUAACAAGAACUUUGAGUGGAAGAGCUGUGAGAAAAGUGCAAUAUAAUGAUAUGGUUAAAGUGGCGACAACGAGACCGAAAAGAUCUGGAUUGAAGAAUUUUUCGCAUAAAAAGUGAGUUGAAAUAGGGCAGUUGGUGAAACAUUUCUGAAAUCCGGUUCCGAUCGAUUUUUUCAAAAUGUAACGACUUCGGUUCAGGAAUUUUGAAAAGAAAAUCUGAAAUGUUUUUGUUUCAUCAAAAGUUUAAUUUUUCUAAAAAAUCGUUUCGAAAAAACAUCUGAUUUUUUUUCAAAAUAAUAUGUUUCAACAACAAAACACCCCAUUUUUGUUGCAGUUUUGAUAGCAAUGAUGAAUACACAAGCCAAACUGAAGAAGAUGAAACCGAACAAGAUUCUUCGGAAAUAAUAACCGAAGAAGAAAAAGAAGAAAUUGAUAGAAGACGAAGUAAACGAACACCAAAAAGAAAGAAUUUCGAAAAACUCGAUCAAGUCAAACGACAAUUACCACAAAAUAUUCGAGAAAAAAUGUUGAAAAUUGAGAAUUUGUUGAAAGAAUCGAUGAGAGAAGAAUUCUCGUGGCCAUUUAUUGAAGCAGUUGAUCGAAAAGAAGUUCCAGAUUAUUAUGAUGUCAUCAAGAGACCAAUGAAUUUGAGAGCCAUGAUGAAUAAAUUGAAACAAAGAAUUUAUAAUGAACCAAUUGAGGUAGGAAUAUUUUGGAACAUUAGGGCUGCAAAUUAGUUUUUUUUAAUAAAAUUCUGAAUUUUAAAGAUUCACGAAUGUUUAAAACUUUUACAACGUUCACGAAUUAUUUCCUAACUUUUCGUAAAUUGGAUUUUUUUUUCAGAUUCGAAAUGAUUUCUUUUUGAUAAUCGACAAUUGUGAAACCUACAAUGAAACUGAAAGUGAAAUUUAUCGAGUAAGUUUUUUUUUCAAGUCCAUUUUCUCCUAAAAUCAAUGUUUUUUUCAGCUUUCCCGUCAACUUUUCGACUUCUUAAAUCCACGCCUCGACGCAAUUAUCGACUCAUAA